AUGGUCUACCUCGGCCCCUCGCGAGGAUGCGAAACAUGCAAACGGCGGAGGAAGAAGUCAAACCGCACAUGUGGAGGUUACCAAGAACAAGCCAGCCAGACACUGAUCUUUCAGAGGAACUACACCCAGUGUACAACUGCCAAUGACUCCUGGGCUAUAAAGCCCCUCGCGCGAAAGUGUAGUCUACCAGUCCGAGAACCAUACCCUGGUACAGAUAUCCUCCCAGAGGACGCCGCUCCAAAGGAAGUGAGCGAGAGUGAUGUAGUGGAGUAUGCAGUGCGGGGAUUCUUCUACGACUUUUCCAUUUCAUCACCGGAUAGCAUUAGCAUCAGCGCAUCUGUUGGCUUUCUAAAGGACCUUGAACUGUAUGUCCAGCGGAAAGGGCUUGAUUCGAACCUUGCAAAGGCCUGCGUGAUGAUUAGUUAUGCAAAUCACGCUAGAAAGCUGUAUCGGCCGUCUUUCAUCACCAAGGCAGAAGUAUCGUAUCAUGAGCUGCUGCGGUAUCUGGCAGAGGAGAUUGCAAGGCCAGGAUUCGUGGGAAAGAGGCCGGAUCUUAUUCAACUGGCCUGGCUGAUGGGUCUUUACGAGAACUCGCCAUUGGGCUUUGUGCGUGGAGCGUUCUCCGGUAACAUUCUCGGCCCCGAAGCGCAGAUGCAAGAUUCCGGUCUUGUGCGCUUGCCACAUUCGGCAAAUAACGUGACAUAUCUACACAAUAUCUUGCUUGACACACUCCCCCUGAGGAUGGAAGCAGAACGUGUCCUGGCGGAUCCAAGGUUGACAGAAACACAUCAACAUGCCCUUCUACAGCGGGCAUCUAUACUCAAAGACCGCCUAGCACAGUGGGAGGACAGAGUUGCGCCAGAGAGCAAAUCUAUCACAAUAGCCCAUAUGCAACCGAGCGGUGACCCCUAUAUUGAAGUCGGACAAUGGCCCGGCCCAUUGCAUAUGUACACGAACCUUCGCGCGGCAGCCCUCCUUAACAUCAGUCGCGUUGCGCGAUGCUACCUCCUUGACAUCAUUUUCAGACUCAAGUAUAUGCAGGCCGACACCGGCAACGAUGAUAAAGAGAGGGCAAAGGCUGUCCAGCUCAUUCAGGACUUUACCUCCUCAAUCUCGUAUCACCUAGUCGAGGACUUGCAUUCAUUCUCUGCGAGUGUCCAACGUGGCAAUCCCAUCGUACAGCCCGGAAGAGCAGUUGGAGGAUUGCUGCUGAUGUAUCCCCUGUACAUUGCUUCGAAGCUAUCUAUCGUGCCGGUAGAGUUGCAGGACUACUUCAAACGGUGUUUAGUCUGGAUUGGACAAAACAUGGGGGUUGGAUACGCUUCUCUGUUGGCUAAGGUGAGAUUUUACUGUCACAGGUCGAAGUCUCUGUCAUGCUGA